UCAAUCUCAGCAGGGCCGGCCAGCGAUUGGCUGUGGGGCAUCAAGCCGAUGGGCUUCUAAGAGGGACUUUGGGACAUUCACGGACUUCCACAGGUUCGGUGACAGCGCCUCUCAUUCCCACUUUUGUGUUCCCUUCCUGUUCAUCUCUAUCCUUUCUUCAUCUUCUUACUUCUUUUAUUACCCACUCGCUCCCUGCAGAGUUCUUUCUACAGCUAAUCCAGCUUGCCCACUCUUCACUCGGCUCUUGUUUAUUCUCUGGUAGAUUCGACUAGUUGCUACUUUUUGCGCCACUCCAACGUUCAAGAUGUCUCUCUGUAUUAAUCGCCUGACGGAAGAAAGAAAGCAGUGGCGACGUGACCACCCUUUUGGAUUCUAUGCGAAGCCUCAUCGAACCCCUCAGGGUGUGUUGGAUUUGAAGCGCUGGGAAUGUGGUGUCCCUGGAAAGGCACAGACCCUCUGGGACGGAGGACUUUUCAAGCUUGAUGUCACUUUUCCAGACGAAUACCCGACUAAACCUCCAAAGUGCAAAUUCGUCCCUCCUCUGUUUCACCCGAAUGUCUACCCCUCAGGCACCGUCUGCCUCUCAAUUUUGAACGAAGAGGAAGCCUGGAAACCUGCCAUCACCAUUAAACAGAUUCUGCUCGGCAUUCAGGACCUGCUCGAUGACCCCAAUCCGGAGUCGCCUGCACAGGCGGAAGCAUACAACCUGUUUAAGAAGGAUCGCCCGGCAUACGAGAAACGAGUGAGACAAGUUGUGAAGGAGAACCCGACGCUUUGAGCCACCCUUCCACUCUGCGACAGACCGGAUUAAGUUGUCGGGGGUUUACUUCUUUCUUUCCAUAUGGCGUCUUUCCUCGCCAAACUUCUUAGGCGGUUAUGGCGCAUUACGAGUUGAGGCGAAUGUUUGCGGCUGGUAGAUAGCCAUGUGGGAGAGAUUUUACGUUACUAGGUAUCUCAUUCUAUGCAGCGUCUUUCUCGUUUCUUGUGAAGGGAUGGGGAAGGAUGAGAAGCUAGAAUGACGUGUUAUGCAUAUCUCUGGCCGUG